CCUCCCUCAUCUCUGCACACAGGCUGGUCAGCAUGUCAGUGCGUAACAACUUGUCUCUCUCUUGUUAAUCAUCUCUUUCCUCACCAUGUAAGGCGGGAUCCGGGCCAGCAGUUACUUUUGUGAUGGUGAACAAGUGGUUUCAUAGCACCCAAUAAAGCAUUGGAUGCAGUUGUAACCAUGGCCACAUUAGGGUGGGGUGCAUUGGCCCUCUCUCCCUGCGGUCUCGUGCUGGUCGUCUGUGUACUUGUGUGUCUAUCACAGCCACCCCCGAUCAAACCUGCAGAAUGUGAUCGAAAGGAGCAUCCGGUCACAUCGAAACAAGAUUUGAAGAAAUGGAUGUCAGAGUUCUCCCAUCCAGGAGUAAAGGACUUUUCACAGUUAGCCUUGGACCUGAGCAGAAAUCAGCUUAUUGUGGGAGCAAGAAACUUCCUGUUUACCCUUAGUUUAAGCAAUGCCUCCCUUAAACAGGCAACAGAAUGGACACCUGACGAAGACACAAUUCACUCUUGCAAGAGUAAGGGGAAGUCAGAGGAAGAGUGUCAAAACUAUGUACGGGUUCUAUUGCUCAGCGGGAGGACACUUGUCACAUGUGGGACAAAUGCUUUCACUCCUGUCUGUAUGACCAGGCAGAUUGAUAACAUUACUCAUGUGUUGGACACGGUGAACGGUGUUGCCCGAUGUCCCUAUGACCCCCGCCACAACUCGACUGCCAUGAUUUCGGAGAAGGGCGAGCUGUACGCCGCCACGGUGAUUGACUUUUCUGGGCGUGACCCUGUUAUCUACAGGAGUCUGGGCAACAUGCACCCACUGCGCACAGCUCAGUACAACUCUAAAUGGCUCAAUGAACCUCAGUUUGUGUCUGCUUAUGACAUUGGCCGAUUUGCCUACUUCUUCCUGAGGGAAACUGCUGUUGAAAAUGACUGUGGAAAGAUGGUGUUCUCCCGCAUAGCCCGUGUAUGCAAAAAUGACAUGGGGGGUCGUUUCCUUUUGGAGGACACCUGGACCACCUUUAUGAAGGCUCGACUAAACUGCUCACGCUCAGGAGAAAUCCCCUUUCAUUACAACGAACUACAGAGCACCUUCUAUUUACCUGAGCAGGACUUGAUCUAUGGAAUUUUCACCACUAACGUGAACAGCAUGUCUGCUACUGCUGUUUGUGCCUUCAACCUGACUGCCAUCACGCAAGCUUUCAAUGGACCUUUCCGUUACCAGGAGAAUCCCCGUAAUGCCUGGCUUUCUGCUGCAAAUCCUAUACCCAAUUUUCAGUGUGGCACGCUGGAUGAAGGCGGCACUAGUGGGAACCUGACUGAACGCAACCUCCAGGAUGCUCAGCGGCUCUUUUUGAUGCACGAUGUGGUCCAGCCAGUGACAGUAAACCCUCUGCUCACCCAAGACAAUGUGCGCUUCUCAAAGCUGGUGGUGGACAUUGUGCGUGGCCGCGAUGCCAUUUACCACGUCAUGUAUAUCGGCACCGAAUAUGGUACUAUCUUGAAAACUUUGGCCACAACAAAUACAAAUCUUCAUGGCUGCUACCUGGAGGAGCUCAGGAUUCUUCCUGAUAAGCAAACUGGGUCAAUCAAAAGCAUGCUGAUUCUCCACAGUGACAGAUCGUUGUUUGUGGGGUUUGAUGACAGGCUGGUGAAGAUCCCAUUAGAACGAUGCUCUGGCCAUCCAACUGAGAGACGCUGCCUGGAAGCACGGGACCCAUAUUGUGGCUGGGAUCACAAACAGGAGCGUUGCACAACCAGUAAAGAGAGCGUCGACAUGAACCAGUGGAGCCAGAACAUCACCCAGUGCCCAGUGAGGAAUCUGAAGCAGGAUGGCGGGUUUGGCCCAUGGGCACCAUGGCAACCCUGUAGCCACAAUGACGGCGAAGGCUCCAUCAGCAGUUGUGUUUGCCGGUCCCGCUUGUGUGACGGACCUGUGGCCCGAUGUGGUGGGGUCGACUGUAAAGGCCCAACCAUUCAGGUGGCAAACUGCUCCAGGAACGGUGGCUGGACUCCUUGGUCUUCAUGGGGCCAUUGCAGCAGCAGUUGUGGUAUCGGUUUUGAAGUGAGGCAGCGAUCCUGCAACAACCCCUCGCCUCGUCACGGAGGUCGAAUCUGUGUUGGCCAAGGUCGGGAGGAGAGGCUGUGCAAUGAAAAAAAAAUGUGCCCACUACCAGUGAUGUGGACGACAUGGGGGCCCUGGGCUCAAUGCAAUGCUGAAUGUGGAGGAGGAGUACACGCCAGGACCAGAUCUUGUGAGAAUGGAAACAUUUGCCCUGGAUGUGCCAUGGAGUAUAAGACCUGUAAUCUGGAGACCUGUCCUGAGGUGCGUCGCAACACCCCGUGGACACCAUGGAUACCAGUUAACAUCAGUCAAGACGGAUCACGCCAAGAGCAGAGAUUCAGAUACAUGUGCCGAGCCUUAUUAAGGGAUGUACAGCAACUACAAUUGGGAAAGAAGAAAAUAGAGACCAGGUUUUGUCCAAAUGACGGUUCUGGAAGCUGCCAGACUGACUCUCUGGUUGAUAAUUUGAUGAAGUCUGGGGGCCGUAUUGUGUCACUGCCUAAAGAUGCACACUGGGGAUCUUGGGAAAAUUGGUCCACCUGUUCCCAGCAAUGUUCCAAAGGCUUUCGAACCCGGAGACGCAGUUGCUCAGUGACAGAAGGCAGGACUAAUCCAAGUGCAUGUGUCGGAUCCCCGGUGGAUUAUCAAGAUUGCAACAUGCAACCGUGCCCAGUGGCCGGAGCCUGGUCAUGCUGGUCUUCAUGGUCCCAAUGUUCUGCAAGCUGUGGUGGAGGCCACUUUCAGCGGACCAGGUCAUGUGACCACCCACCUCCUACCAAUGGAGGUGGGAUCUGUAUUGGUCUACACACUGAAGAGGCACUUUGCAAUACACACAUUUGUGAAGGUUGGGGUGUAUGGUCAGACUGGGGUGACUGUGAUGAGAAGGGCUUACAGUAUCGCUCCCGCGACUGCGGUGAAAACCAGGAAUCCAAUCUGUGUCAGGGUAACACAAGCCAGAGCAGACCCUGUCGGACACACGAAGUGGCAGUCAUUUUGCCUGAACAAGAAGUAAACAACUGUGGAACUUUCACAUUGUUCCAGCUGAUAGCUGUGGGCAUUGCCAGUUUCUUUGCAGCUGCCCUGUUAUCUGCACUGGCAUUUGCCUACUGUCAUCAUUUGAGCCGACCCUCCGCAGAGUCGGCGGUCAUCCACCCCAGUAGGCACAACCACCUCACCUAUAAUAAGCAGGACAAUGCCACACCAAAGAAUGAGAAGUACAUUCCUAUGGAAGUCGUGAUGCUACACAAGAACAACCUUCACAUGAACGACGACACAAACCGUCACUUUGCAUCCUCCAGCAACAUGUUCACCACCACUUAUUACCCACCUAACCUGAGCAAGUACGACUUUCCACCAGAAGCAUCCUGCAGGGCUUAUGUGCACAGCUAGCAGCACAACAGUUCAAAGUGAAUCACCAAAAUCUCUCCGGUGCUCGUGGAUGCUAAAAUAUCCAAAUGAUCUUCUAUUUUUUAUUUUUAUCAUUAUAUUUUUGGGGUGUCACACAUUGUCAAUAGCUUAACAACCAAGGUUUGAAAUUCAUCAUCAUAUCUAGUUGAGAGAAAAGAUUCAAAUUGCUAAGAAUUUACUAAGCAAACACGUAUUACUGUUUCAUUUUAGAAAAAAAAAAAAAAAAAGACAAACCAGAAUAUGUGCUCACAGGGUGGAAUGUUGUAGUUUUGACCAUCUUGGAUAUUUUCUGGAGCUGGAAUAUGAUUGAAAACAGAUAUACAUACUGUGAACCAAUCUUGCAAUUUAAGAACAGCGACACAAAUGGAUUGACACCAAAAAAACAGAGGCUCAUUUUUUGCAAAGUUAACAAGCCUGAAACAAUGCUGAAGAAAACAACUGAGCAACAUAUAAGGAUGAUCAAGAGUCGGGAUUUUCUUCCCUAGUGAUGAUUACAAAAUGAAGGACUUGUUCAAGGACAGUUAAUUUUUGUUUUUUUCUCCUACUUGACACCCCAUAUAAAAGACUUUCCAGGAGAAAACAUGCCCACUGGAAUCUUUAACUAUUGAGAGACAGAACUAGUUCAUAGUUUGGACACUCGGAACUGUGUAUAUUCAAUAUAUUUUUGUAUGAUGUACUGUUCAAGAUAAAUAAACAUGUUGUAUUGUAGGAUAGUUGAUGAGUGGUUAGCUCUUUUGCCUCCCAGGCAGAAGAAAAUCUUUCUAUCCAAAUCUUUCUAUUUGAAAAUGUCAUGCUUUGUGUUUCCUCCAACAGUCCAAGCAAGAGCAUGUAAGGAGUAUUUCUUUUUGCACAAGUGUUGACACUUCCCAAUGUAUGUAGCACUGUCAAUGUGAUGACAAACACUGAAAUACUAUAUUUAAUAUGAGAUUAUCAGUAAACAUUGCCCAGAUAACCUUUUGGGAGUUUGACGACUGUGAAAAUGGACUAUGAGAACAUGUGUUUUUGACUGGCCACAGCAGACAAAAAAAAAAGGCUGUUCUCUAAAAGUACUUCCUUUUCUAACGCUGCCACCUACUGGAAGUGAAUUGCACUAUGGCCAUGACGAAUGCAUUGAUUCAUUUUGUACUAGUACAUGCGCUAUUUUUCUGCAGAGGUCUGCUCUACUGUCCAUUUUAUUGACACACCACCAAGUCAAAUAAGAAAUCAAUUGAACACCACCCAAGCAAACACUGUGGCAACAAACAUAAGGUGUAACUACAAACUCCAGCAGACCUCAGCAUUGACCGUCAGACAGACAGAUAGGCAGGUGACAGUUCUGAUGAUGAUAUAUUGUGCUCGAUGUAUAAUCUUUUAAGCACAGAAUAUUCACAAAUAGAAGUAUCAAGCAUGCA